ACUCUAUAUGGAAUGUACCUCCAACGCCCCUCUGAAACUCCAUUGAUGUCCUUUCCGAUGUACGAGUCACCCAAGAACUAUUCGACCCCAGCAAGUUCAUCCUAUCGCCUGGGCGAUACGUCCCACGUGACGGAGUCUGAAGAGAACAUCCCCGUCUGGCUGUCCACAAGAGAUGGAUACAAAGCUGCUACACUUCUCAACUGUUUACCCAACGGUCGAGGUCGCAUCUUAAUUCUACCUGAACAGGAGGAGCUAGAAAUAGAUAUUGAAUGCCUCGAGAGG